GCAUUUAGAAAGCCGGCGGCGUUACACAAUUUUGAUUGACAAUUAGAUACAUACAUUAAAUUCUCAUUUGUGCAAAAUGGCCGCCCAGGUAAGUCAGGUGCAGCGGUUCUUCAACGGCUACAAGCAGGACAUUAACCGAUCACUGCGCGAUGCGUCCAAGCCGUGGACCAAAGCCUUUGAUAGCCUGGAAGAGAAGACCGGUGUGGAGAGGGUGAAUAUUUUCGUGGGUAGUAUUUUGUUUUGCGCUUUCUACCUGGUCUUUGGCUGGUGCGCUCAGCUAUUGUGCAACAUCAUUGGGGUUCUUUACCCUGCUUACAUUUCCAUCCAUGGCAUCGAGUCCAGUACGAAGCAGGACGACAUCAGGUGGCUGAUCUACUGGGUCACUUUUGGCAUCUUCACUGUGAUUGAAUUCUAUCCAAGUCUGCUAACUUCGAUGAUUCCCUUCUACUGGCUGUUGAAGUGUACUUUCCUCAUCUGGUGCAUGCUGCCCACCGAACGGAAUGGUUCUACCCUUAUCUACCACAAGCUGGUCCGACCAUACUUCCUGAAGCUUCACGAUCCCGUCGACAUGAUGUCCGCUGGAGUGCCAAAGGACGACUAGGACAAACAUUUGCGUUAACUCCAUGCAUUUGGUUUACGGUCUGCAAAACAACCUCACCUCGUAUCGGAUACAUUUCGCAAUAAAUUUUAAUGAUGUAUUCAUUUUGUUGUUGGAAGGAGCACCAGUGGUCGCUGAAUCCUAAAAAAUCUAUCCUGGUUAAAGGUAAAAAUGAAAUCUCACCACUUGCGCGGCUGCUUUUGUGGACUCGAAUUUAAACUCGAAGAGGUAUUCCGGCUCAGAACGGCACUUCCAUCCUUUAAGUGACAUUCGAAAAGAAAUUAUAUAUUUUGGAAGUUUCACAGUGAUAAUGUAUGGGGAAAAUCUGAAUAAAAGUCUAGAAAGUCUAUGCCUAAUGCAAGCCAUUUACCG